AUGCCAGAUAUUGAAACAAACUUUGAUUGCUACGAAGAUCAUGGCUUGGCUAACAAAAAUUUCUAUCAGACAAUUGUUAAAAAUCAAGAACGUGAUCAACUUUCAAAUAUGCAACUACAUAAUAACCAUUAUUCCGAUUCAUCAAAUUUGGUUUCCAAGAAAUUGAUUGCCGAAGAACAUGUGGAAGCUCAUCAUGACAAUCCAACACCGGUCAAAGAAGAAGCUGAAGCUCACAGCCAUCAUGAAGACGUGAUCGAAGUUCCUUCAAAUGUUGUUGUCGAAGAAUUGAUUGCCGAAGAACAUGUGGAAGCUCAUCAUGGCCAUCCAACACCGGUCAAAGAAGAAGCUGAAGCUCACAGCCAUCAUGAAGACGUGAUCGAAGUUCCUUCAAAUGUUGUUGUCGAAGAAUUGCCUUCCGAAGAACAUGUGGAAGCUCAUCAUGACCAUCCAACACCGGUCAAAGAAGAAGCUGAAGCUCACAGCCAUCAUGAAGACGUGAUCGAAGUUCCUUCAAAUGUUGUUGUCGAAGAAUUGCCUACCGAAGAACAUGUGGAAGCUCAUCAUGACCAUCCAACACCGGUCAAAGAAGAAGCUGAAGCUCACAGCCAUCAUGAAGACGUGAUCGAAGUUCCUUCAAAUGUUGCUGUCGAAGAAUUGCCUGCCGAAGAACAUGUGGACGCUCAUCAUGACCAUCCAACACCGGUCAAAGAAGAAGCUGAAGCUCACAGCCAUCAUGAAGACGUGAUCGAAGUUCCUUCAAAUGUUGUUGUCGAAGAAUUGCCUGCCGAAGAACAUGUGGACGCUCAUCAUGACCAUCCAACCCCGGUCAAAGAAGAAGCUGAAGCUCACAGCCAUCAUGAAGACGUGAUCGAAGUUCCUUCAAAUGUUGUUGUCGAAGAAUUGCCUUCCGAAGAACAUGUGGAAGCUCAUCAUGACCAUCCAACACCGGUCAAAGAAGAAGCUGAAGCUCACAGCCAUCAUGAAGACGUGAUCGAAGUUCCUUCAAAUGUUGUUGUCGAUGAGUUGCCUGCCGAAGAACAUGUGGAAGCUCAUCAUGACCAUCCAACACCGGUCAAAGAAGAAGCUGAAGCUCACAGCCAUCAUGAAGACGUGAUCGAAGUUCCUUCAAAUGUUGUUGUCGAAGAAUUGCCUGCCGAAGAACAUGUGGAAGCUCAUCAUGACCAUCCAACACCGGUCAAAGAAGAAGCUGAAGCUCACAGCCAUCAUGAAGACGUGAUCGAAGUUCCUUCAAAUGUUGUUGUCGAAGAAUUGCCUGCCGAAGAACAUGUGGAUGCUCAUCAUGACCAUCCAACACCGGUCAAAGAAGAAGCUGAAGCUCACAGCCAUCAUGAAGACGUGAUCGAAGUUCCUUCAAAUGUUGUUGUCGAAGAAUUGCCUGCCGAAGAACAUGUGGAAGCUCAUCAUGACCAUCCAACACCGGUCAAAGAAGAAGCUGAAGCUCACAGCCAUCAUGAAGACGUGAUCGAAGUUCCUUCAAAUGUUGUUGUCGAAGAAUUGCCUGCCGAAGAACAUGUGGAAGCUCAUCAUGACCAUCCAACACCGGUCAAAGAAGAAGCUGAAGCUCACAGCCAUCAUGAAGACGUGAUCGAAGUUCCUUCAAAUGUUGUUGUCGAAGAAUUGCCUACCGAAGAACAUGUGGAAGCUCAUCAUGACCAUCCAACACCGGUCAAAGAAGAAGCUGAAGCUCACAGCCAUCAUGAAGACGUUAUCGAAGUUCCUUCAAAUGUUGUUGUCGAAGAAUUGCCUGCCGAAGAACAUGUGGAAGCUCAUCAUGACCAUCCAACACCGGUCAAAGAAGAAGCUGAAGCUCACAGCCAUCAUGAAGACGUUAUCGAAGUUCCUUCAAAUGUUGUUGUCGAAGAAUUGCCUGCCGAAGAACAUGUGGAAGCUCAUCAUGACCAUCCAACACCGGUCAAAGAAGAAGCUGAAGCUCACAGCCAUCAUGAAGACGUGAUCGAAGUUCCUUCAAAUGUUGUUGUCGAAGAAUUGCCUGCCGAAGAACAUGUGGAAGCUCAUCAUGACCAUCCAACACCGGUCAAAGAAGAAGCUGAAGCUCACAGCCAUCAUGAAGACGUGAUCGAAGUUCCUUCAAAUGUUGUUGUCGAAGAAUUGCCUGCCGAAGAACAUGUGGAAGCUCAUCAUGACCAUCCAACACCGGUCAAAGAAGAAGCUGAAGCUCACAGCCAUCAUGAAGACGUGAUCGAAGUUCCUUCAAAUGUUGUUGUCGAAGAAUUGCCUACCGAAGAACAUGUGGAAGCUCAUCAUGACCAUCCAACACCGGUCAAAGAAGAAGCUGAAGCUCACAGCCAUCAUGAAGACGUGAUCGAAGUUCCUUCAAAUGUUGUUGUCGAAGAAUUGCCUGCCGAAGAACAUGUGGAAGCUCAUCAUGACCAUCCAACACCGGUCAAAGAAGAAGCUGAAGCUCACAGCCAUCAUGAAGACGUUAUCGAAGUUCCUUCAAAUGUUGUUGUCGAAGAAUUGCCUGCCGAAGAACAUGUGGAAGCUCAUCAUGACCAUCCAACACCGGUCAAAGAAGAAGCUGAAGCUCACAGCCAUCAUGAAGACGUGAUCGAAGUUCCUUCAAAUGUUGUUGUCGAAGAAUUGCCUGCCGAAGAACAUGUGGAAGCUCAUCAUGACCAUCCAACACCGGUCAAAGAAGAAGCUGAAGCUCACAGCCAUCAUGAAGACGUGAUCGAAGUUCCUUCAAAUGUUGUUGUCGAAGAAUUGCCUGCCGAAGAACAUGUGGAAGCUCAUCAUGACCAUCCAACACCGGUCAAAGAAGAAGCUGAAGCUCACAGCCAUCAUGAAGACGUGAUCGAAGUUCCUUCAAAUGUUGUUGUCGAAGAAUUGCCUGCCGAAGAACAUGUGGAAGCUCAUCAUGACCAUCCAACACCGGUCAAAGAAGAAGCUGAAGCUCACAGCCAUCAUGAAGACGUGAUCGAAGUUCCUUCAAAUGUUGUUGUCGAAGAAUUGCCUACCGAAGAACAUGUGGAAGCUCAUCAUGACCAUCCAACACCGGUCAAAGAAGAAGCUGAAGCUCACAGCCAUCAUGAAGACGUGAUCGAAGUUCCUUCAAAUGUUGUUGUCGAUGAGUUGCCUGCCGAAGAACAUGUGGAAGCUCAUCAUGACCAUCCAACACCGGUCAAAGAAGAAGCUGAAGCUCACAGCCAUCAUGAAGACGUGAUCGAAGUUCCUUCAAAUGUUGUUGUCGAAGAAUUGCCUGCUGAAGAACAUGUGGAAGCUCAUCAUGACCAUCCAACACCGGUCAAAGAAGAAGCUGAAGCUCACAGCCAUCAUGAAGACGUGAUCGAAGUUCCUUCAAAUGUUGUUGUCGAAGAAUUGCCUGCCGAAGAACAUGUGGAAGCUCAUCAUGACCAUCCAACACCGGUCAAAGAAGAAGCGGAAGCUCACAGCCAUCAUGAAGACGUGAUCGAAGUUCCUUCAAAUGUUGUUGUCGAAGAAUUGCCUGCCGAAGAACAUGUGGAAGCUCAUCAUGACCAUCCAACACCGGUCAAAGAAGAAGCUGAAGCUCACAGCCAUCAUGAAGACGUGAUCGAAGUUCCUUCAAAUGUUGUUGUCGAAGAAUUGCCUGCCGAAGAACAUGUGGAAGCUCAUCAUGACCAUCCAACACCGGUCAAAGAAGAAGCUGAAGCUCACAGCCAUCAUGAAGACGUUAUCGAAGUUCCUUCAAAUGUUGUUGUCGAAGAAUUGCCUGCCGAAGAACAUGUGGAAGCUCAUCAUGACCAUCCAACACCGGUCAAAGAAGAAGCUGAAGCUCACAGCCAUCAUGAAGACGUGAUCGAAGUUCCUUCAAAUGUUGUUGUCGAAGAAUUGCCUGCCGAAGAACAUGUGGAAGCUCAUCAUGACCAUCCAACACCGGUCAAAGAAGAAGCUGAAGCUCACAGCCAUCAUGAAGACGUGAUCGAAGUUCCUUCAAAUGUUGUUGUCGAAGAAUUGCCUGCCGAAGAACAUGUGGAAGCUCAUCAUGACCAUCCAACACCGGUCAAAGAAGAAGCUGAAGCUCACAGCCAUCAUGAAGACGUGAUCGAAGUUCCUUCAAAUGUUGUUGUCGAAGAAUUGCCUGCCGAAGAACAUGUGGAAGCUCAUCAUGACCAUCCAACACCGGUCAAAGAAGAAGCUGAAGCUCACAGCCAUCAUGAAGACGUGAUCGAAGUUCCUUCAAAUGUUGUUGUCGAAGAAUUGCCUGCCGAAGAACAUGUGGAAGCUCAUCAUGACCAUCCAACACCGGUCAAAGAAGAAGCUGAAGCUCACAGCCAUCAUGAAGACGUUAUCGAAGUUCCUUCAAAUGUUGUUGUCGAAGAAUUGCCUGCCGAAGAACAUGUGGAAGCUCAUCAUGACCAUCCAACACCGGUCAAAGAAGAAGCUGAAGCUCACAGCCAUCAUGAAGACGUUAUCGAAGUUCCUUCAAAUGUUGUUGUCGAAGAAUUGCCUGCCGAAGAACAUGUGGAAGCUCAUCAUGACCAUCCAACACCGGUCAAAGAAGAAGCUGAAGCUCACAGCCAUCAUGAAGACGUGAUCGAAGUUCCUUCAAAUGUUGUUGUCGAAGAAUUGCCUGCCGAAGAACAUGUGGAAGCUCAUCAUGACCAUCCAACACCGGUCAAAGAAGAAGCUGAAGCUCACAGCCAUCAUGAAGACGUGAUCGAAGUUCCUUCAAAUGUUGUUGUCGAAGAAUUGCCUGCCGAAGAACAUGUGGAAGCUCAUCAUGACCAUCCAACACCGGUCAAAGAAGAAGCUGAAGCUCACAGCCAUCAUGAAGACGUUAUCGAAGUUCCUUCAAAUGUUGUUGUCGAAGAAUUGCCUGCCGAAGAACAUGUGGAAGCUCAUCAUGACCAUCCAACACCGGUCAAAGAAGAAGCUGAAGCUCACAGCCAUCAUGAAGACGUGAUCGAAGUUCCUUCAAAUGUUGUUGUCGAAGAAUUGCCUACCGAAGAACAUGUGGAAGCUCAUCAUGACCAUCCAACACCGGUCAAAGAAGAAGCUGAAGCUCACAGCCAUCAUGAAGACGUGAUCGAAGUUCCUUCAAAUGUUGUUGUCGAAGAAUUGCCUGCCGAAGAACAUGUGGAAGCUCAUCAUGACCAUCCAACACCGGUCAAAGAAGAAGCUGAAGCUCACAGCCAUCAUGAAGACGUGAUCGAAGUUCCUUCAAAUGUUGUUGUCGAAGAAUUGCCUGCCGAAGAACAUGUGGAAGCUCAUCAUGACCAUCCAACACCGGUCAAAGAAGAAGCUGAAGCUCACAGCCAUCAUGAAGACGUGAUCGAAGUUCCUUCAAAUGUUGUUGUCGAAGAAUUGCCUACCGAAGAACAUGUGGAAGCUCAUCAUGACCAUCCAACACCGGUCAAAGAAGAAGCUGAAGCUCACAGCCAUCAUGAAGACGUUAUCGAAGUUCCUUCAAAUGUUGUUGUCGAAGAAUUGCCUGCCGAAGAACAUGUGGAAGCUCAUCAUGACCAUCCAACACCGGUCAAAGAAGAAGCUGAAGCUCACAGCCAUCAUGAAGACGUUAUCGAAGUUCCUUCAAAUGUUGUUGUCGAAGAAUUGCCUGCCGAAGAACAUGUGGAAGCUCAUCAUGACCAUCCAGCACCGGUCAAAGAAGAAGCUGAAGCUCACAGCCAUCAUGAAGACGUGAUCGAAGUUCCUUCAAAUGUUGUUGUCGAAGAAUUGCCUUCCGAAGAACAUGUGGAAGCUCAUCAUGACCAUCCAACACCGGUCAAAGAAGAAGCUGAAGCUCACAGCCAUCAUGAAGACGUGAUCGAAGUUCCUUCAAAUGUUGUUGUCGAAGAAUUGCCUGCCGAAGAACAUGUGGAAGCUCAUCAUGACCAUCCAACACCGGUCAAAGAAGAAGCUGAAGCUCACAGCCAUCAUGAAGACGUUAUCGAAGUUCCUUCAAAUGUUGUUGUCGAAGAAUUGCCUGCCGAAGAACAUGUGGAAGCUCAUCAUGACCAUCCAACACCGGUCAAAGAAGAAGCUGAAGCUCACAGCCAUCAUGAAGACGUGAUCGAAGUUCCUUCAAAUGUUGUUGUCGAAGAAUUGCCUGCCGAAGAACAUGUGGAAGCUCAUCAUGACCAUCCAACACCGGUCAAAGAAGAAGCUGAAGCUCACAGCCAUCAUGAAGACGUGAUCGAAGUUCCUUCAAAUGUUGUUGUCGAUGAAUUGACUACCGAAGAACAUGUGGAAGCUCAUCAUGACCAUCCAACACCGGUCAAAGAAGAAGCUGAAGCUCACAGCCAUCAUGAAGACGUGAUCGAAGUUCCUUCAAAUGUUGUUGUCGAAGAAUUGCCUGCCGAAGAACAUGUGGAAGCUCAUCAUGACCAUCCAACACCGGUCAAAGAAGAAGCUGAAGCUCACAGCCAUCAUGAAGACGUUAUCGAAGUUCCUUCAAAUGUUGUUGUCGAAGAAUUGCCUGCCGAAGAACAUGUGGAAGCUCAUCAUGACCAUCCAACACCGGUCAAAGAAGAAGCUGAAGCUCACAGCCAUCAUGAAGACGUGAUCGAAGUUCCUUCAAAUGUUGUUGUCGAAGAAUUGCCUGCCGAAGAAAAUGUGGAAAAUCACCAAAACAAACAAAAACCACAAAAAAAAAAAAAAAAAAAAAAAAGCCAUCAUGAAGACGUGAUCGAAGUUCCUUCAAAUGUUGUUGUCGAAGAAUUGCCUACCGAAGAACAUGUGGAAGCUCAUCAUGACCAUCCAACACCGGUCAAAGAAGAAGCUGAAGCUCACAGCCAUCAUGAAGACGUGAUCGAAGUUCCUUCAAAUGUUGUUGUCGAAGAAUUGCCUGCCGAAGAACAUGUGGAAGCUCAUCAUGACCAUCCAACACCGGUCAAAGAAGAAGCUGAAGCUCACAGCUAUCAUGAAGACGUUAUCGAAGUUCCUUCAAAUGUUGUUGUCGAAGAAUUGCCUGCCGAAGAACAUGUGGAAGCUCAUCAUGACCAUCCAACACCGGUCAAAGAAGAAGCUGAAGCUCACAGCCAUCAUGAAGACGUUAUCGAAGUUCCUUCAAAUGUUGUUGUCGAAGAAUUGCCUGCCGAAGAACAUGUGGAAGCUCAUCAUGACCAUCCAACACCGGUCAAAGAAGAAGCUGAAGCUCACAGCCAUCAUGAAGACGUUAUCGAAGUUCCUUCAAAUGUUGUUGUCGAAGAAUUGCCUGCCGAAGAACAUGUGGAAGCUCAUCAUGACCAUCCAACACCGGUCAAAGAAGAAGCUGAAGCUCACAGCCAUCAUGAAGACGUGAUCGAAGUUCCUUCAAAUGUUGUUGUCGAAGAAUUGCCUGCCGAAGAACAUGUGGAAGCUCAUCAUGGCCAUCCAACACCGGUCAAAGAAGAAGCUGAAGCUCACAGCCAUCAUGAAGACGUGAUCGAAGUUCCUUCAAAUGUUGUUGUCGAAGAAUUGCCUGCCGAAGAACAUGUGGACGCUCAUCAUGACCAUCCAACACCGGUCAAAGAAGAAGCUGAAGCUCACAGCCAUCAUGAAGACGUGAUCGAAGUUCCUUCAAAUGUUGCUGUCGAAGAAUUGCCUGCCGAAGAACAUGUGGAAGCUCAUCAUGACCAUCCAACACCGGUCAUAGAAGAAGCUGAAGCUCACAGCCAUCAUGAAGACGUGAUCGAAGUUCCUUCAAAUGUUGUUGUCGAAGAAUUGCCUGCCGAAGAACAUGUGGACGCUCAUCAUGACCAUCCAACACCGGUCAAAGAAGAAGCUGAAGCUCACAGCCAUCAUGAAGACGUGAUCGAAGUUCCUUCAAAUGUUGUUGUCGAAGAAUUGCCUGCCGAAGAACAUGUGGAAGCUCAUCAUGACCAUCCAACACCGGUCAAAGAAGAAGCUGAAGCUCACAGCCAUCAUGAAGACGUGAUCGAAGUUCCUUCAAAUGUUGUUGUCGAUGAGUUGCCUGCCGAAGAACAUGUGGAAGCUCAUCAUGACCAUCCAACACCGGUCAAAGAAAAAGCUGAAGCUCACAGCCAUCAUGAAGACGUGAUCGAAGUUCCUUCAAAUGUUGCUGUCGAAGAAUUGCCUGCCGAAGAACAUGUGGAAGCUCAUCAUGACCAUCCAACACCGGUCAUAGAAGAAGCUGAAGCUCACAGCCAUCAUGAAGACGUGAUCGAAGUUCCUUCAAAUGUUGUUGUCGAAGAAUUGCCUGCCGAAGAACAUGUGGAAGCUCAUCAUGACCAUCCAACACCGGUCAAAGAAGAAGCUGAAGCUCACAGCCAUCAUGAAGACGUGAUCGAAGUUCCUUCAAAUGUUGUUGUCGAAGAAUUGCCUGCCGAAGAACAUGUGGAAGCUCAUCAUGACCAUCCAACACCGGUCAAAGAAAAAGCUGAAGCUCACAGCCAUCAUGAAGACGUUAUCGAAGUUCCAUUAGAUGCCGAAGCUCAGCCGGACCGGUCAAGAAAACGGCAAUACGUUUUUGAAGAUAUGCAGAUUAGAAACAUGCUUAAUCCUUCGAAAAAGGAAAAACGUUUUUCUGAUUGUUCUUCAGAUGACCAAAUGUCAAUAAACUCAAUUUCUGUGAUUACUUCCGUUGUUGAUUCAAAAAUACAAAUGAAAUCUAUUGAGGAGGAAUAUGAUCAUGAUGGAAUUUUGGAUUUCGAUUUCAAGAAUAAAGUGGAAACAGUGGUGACAGAUAAACGCCACUCCGUAGGAGAAGCUUCUGAUAAUUCCGGAUUAACCUCAUCACCGAAAAGCUUGGGUUUACUUUCGAAAGGCUUUGGUAGACCUAGCGGACGCCUUCAUUAUAAUUAUUCAAUUAAACCGAAGCCGAAAAAACAAAUGUCGACAAUCAAGGAAGAAGACCAACAUUUGAGCCAAGAGCAGAAAAAGCCAAUGUUGCAACGCUCGCGAACAAUUCAUGCGACGCAGCCAAUGAACAUUCCAAAUAUCAAAAUUGACACCGUUCAAUCUCCAUUGUCGAACAAAAGUUUAUACACUGAUAUGGAUGUCAAGAAACCUGUUUUCCCGCCAACUGAUCGCUCGCCUGUGCCAAACCUUUUAUCCAUGGACAAUAAGAACUCUAGGAUUUACAACGAGCCACCAAAACUUUCAUCUCAAGUGUAUCAAAGCGUCGCUCCAAGAAAUGACAGUGCUGCUGUGGAAGAGACAACGGGUGGCUUUUAUGAGAACAACAGAAUGCGCUAUUCGGUUCGUGCGCCGGAUCGUCCAUUACACACCACCAAUGGCCCCCAAUUCACAGUCAAAUAUAAGAAUAUUGGAGAGCCACGGGUUUCACCAAAGAUGAUCAUUUCGAACACAUUGCCCAAAGAUGAUCGUUUCAAGCUCAUUCGCCCAACAAUUUAUGAGAAGUCAACGUUCCAGCCAGCAGAACGUCAAGAAGAUAAAAAUACUCGUUUCAUAGUUGAAGGAAAUUCAUCGUCGCUCGAAAAAGGAAAGGAACCUCUCCGAGUUGAAACAGUACAAAAGCCUCAAUCUCUAAACGCGCAUAUGUCGCAAUUGAACACAUCACCGAGAUCAAAAUCAUUAAAUAUUGCUUACUCUGAGAUGCAAAAAAAAGAAAUUGAAGAGGCUCAACGGAUUUAUUCGGCGCAGCUCAAGGAGAAAGAGAAAGCUAUUGAAAAGGAAAUGGAAGAAAAAGCAAAACAGAGAAGAGCAGCGGCUGCUGUGAACAACGUUGCUCGUCAUUCUCCUUGGAUGACAAAUGAAGAAAUUGAAUUUGAAAACUUUACCAACGAAUUAUUGCAACGCAAGAAAGACUGUCAAGAGCUUUCAAAAAACGAGUUGGGCGCUCUAGCAGGGCGCCAAAUCGAAAACAAUGCGAAAAAUGUCAUCAAGACCACAGGUGUCGAGACAACUAAUGAAGUACAAUUUGUUGACCAUUUCUAUAACGGCAAACCUGAAAAUCCCAAUGUUGAAACUCCAUUUUCUGUCAUAGAAAAUUUUGCUGGUCAACUAACUCAGGAAAUCUUUUCUGAUUUGGAGAGAAGAGCGGUUGCAUAUUUUCGAAAAGAUCAAGAACUUCAUGAUCAAGAAUUCGAUGCCAAUACCAAUAACAACAAUGAUGAUGAUGAUGAUGACGAGAUCAAUGAGGAAGAAGACAACGAAAUUCUUCGUAUUUUUUUUCGAUGA